CACCAACAAUCGACUUCCUUUCCCCAACUUCUCACCCUCCCCACCCGUAGUCCCCUCCGGUUUCUUCGGUUCCUGAUUCUGAUACCUUUGCAUACCAAAUCUUGCCAGCCGACGAUCUCAGUACACUGAUCAUGUCUGAGAAGAAGCCUGCGACACUCCCCAACCUGGGUAAGGUCCUCGUCAUCGGCGGCAACGGCUUCCUGGGCCAUCAUGUCGUCAACCAGCUCCUCGCCGGCGACCGCUGGGCCGUGGCGGCCGUUGACGUGAUCGACCUUCGCUGCGGCCACAACCGUCACGCCAGGGCUAGCUACCACGAGGCCGACAUCACCGAUACGGACAAGGUCAAGUCCAUCAUUGAGAACGUCAAGCCCGACGUCGUCAUCCACACCGCCUCCCCCGCCGUUCAGGGCGACAACGCCGUCGCUAAGGACCUCUUCCGCAAGGUCAACGUUGACGGGACCGCCUCUGUCGUCGCCGCAUGCCAGGCCGCCUCGGUCAAGGCCCUUGUCUAUACUUCGUCUGCCAGCAUCAUCAGCGACAAUACAAGCGACCUCAUCAACGCCGACGAGCGGUGGCCUGUCAUUCGCGGCGAGCUGCAGACUGAGUACUACUCAGAGACCAAGGCCGCCGCAGAAGAACUGGUCCUCGAUGCGAACCGCAAAGACCCUUACCCUCUCCUCACAUGCUCCAUCCGCCCCGCGGGCAUCUUCGGCGAGGGCGACACCAUGGUUACCCACCAGAUGGUAAAGAUCUACCGCGAGGGCAAGACGGGCAUCCAGCUCGGCAGCAACGAGAACCUUUUCGACUUCACCUACGUCGGCAAUGUCGCCCAUGCCCACCUUCUGGCAGCCCGCCUCCUCCUCGCCACCGCCGCCUCCUCCACAGCGCCGCUCGACCACGAAAAGGUCGACGGCGAGGCUUUCCUCGUCACCAACGACAGUCCCCUUUACUUUUGGGACUUUGCCCGCGCCAUCUGGCGCGCCGCGGGUUCCGACAAGGGUACGAGCCACGUCUGGGCCAUUCCCCGCGAGAUCGGCCUUGUCCUGGGCUUCUGCUCCGAGGUCUUCUUCACCAUCAUCGGCAAGCCCCCCAUCUUCAACCGCCAGCGCAAUAUUUACAGCUGCAUGACGCGCUACUACAACAUCGGUAAGGCCAAGCGCCUGCUUGGCUACCGGCCCAUCGUCGGCCUCGACGAAGGCAUCAAGAGGGGCGUGCAGUGGUUCCUGGACCAGGAGAAGGCUGGCAAGGUCAGCGUCAAAGCGUGAUAUGCAACUGUCACGGAUGGAAAGGGUAGACAGAGGCUGGGAACGCGUAUCAUGAUGAGCGGCGGCAUGGAAAUUCCUGACGUGGUGUUGAAAAGUCAUUUUCUUUUCCUUUUCUCCCCCGCCGUGUAAAUACACACACACAUAAACACAUAUAUACCCUCACUGCAGUGUAGGAGGAACUUAAUAAUGGGCCUCCCCGAAACGGCCAUGUC